AUGACUUCCAUCCUCAAAAAGCAACAAAAAAUUGUCUCUGAUCUACCCAAGAAUGUGAGGCAUCUUGGUUUCAAUAUUCGUGAAGUUCGAGUUGGGGUUGCGAGAAUUAGUAAUGCGGGAUCUGGUACAUCCAAAACGCCUCAAAACUAUACAGGCACCAUUUUCGAACUGCUGUAUCCCAAAGUUGCUGAAGAAAUUAGUGAGAUCGUAGUAAAGCGUAGCGAUCAGUGA